AUGGCCUCGAUCUUGGGAGACGGAACGGGCCCCGGGGGCACGGGACCCUCCCGAUGCCUUUUGCUUCUACAAAGGUCCCUGGCGAUUCAGCUGACCAGGGGCCCGCCCCCUCAAGUUCUGAACGCCAGCCAACGGGAGAGCCCCAAGGAGCAUCCGGCAGACGAGAUGUGGAUGUACGAUAAAGGUUACAAUUUGUUUCAGAGCUUCUUGGAGGCGAACUCCAAAUGCUGGUGGAACGCAGCCUUGGUGGACGCGACCCGACAGCUCAGGUACAAGGGUCACGUGUCACCCGGUGUGCUGAUGGUCGGAGGACCACCCUGUGCCCUCGAGGUCUUGAGGGCAGCCUGGGCUCGAAAUGUCCUACGACCGCCGGCCGAUCAUGCGAUCACCUGUCUCGGGGACAUCGAGGAUUGCCUGGUCGCCCCGGUCGCCCAGGGACAAUUCACGCCGCUCCCGGAAGCCCUUUGUUGGGCGAUCCUCGAGCUAACGUCGCAGAGACAAGCGGCGACUCUGGACACGCUCAGGUCCGCUCUACGUAACGCUUUCCCGGCGAUGCAACGGCCGAGCCGUGAGCUCGUCUACGACGCCCUCGCGAAGCUGAUGCAGGAACGGAAGAUUUAUCAUACGUCACAGGGCUAUUUCGUCGUCACGCCCGAGACCAGGAGGCUCAGACGGGACUCGAGUAACUCCAGACGAUGCUCCAGGGAGGUGAACGGCACGAGGGGUCAGGGGGGUAUGCUGAUGACCAACGACGAGGCGAUGGCGCUCGUGCACGGGGAGAUGCUGACCCUGAGGGACGGCGAUGUCACGCAUCAGGCCGUUCAGACGAACCUCGCGGACGUGAUUUGUGGAGGUAACCCGAACGACAAGGUCCUGUUCGCGAGGUGUCGAUCGAUGCCGGGCCGCCUCGAGAGGCGACACUCGCUACGGCUCUGGGGAUCCGCCAGGCGUUUGCACAGAAGCGGAAGUUCGCGGUCGCUGCCGCGAAGGCCGGACAGAAGCGACACAUCGUCGAGCGCUGAAUACGCGAGCACCGACAGCGCGCCUCAUAGCCCAACCAGUUUCUCCGGGAUAUUUUCAGAGAAAAUCGGUCUGCUCUCCAGGCUGUUCCGACGCAGCACACGGAGAAAGGGCGCGCCGUUAAUGGGCACGUUCAGCGCACAGUAUCCCCCGACCGAGUGGUUUAACCCACGUGUCGUUCACCUACACAGCGUGGCCACGCAAACCAGAGCCGCCAGCCCUUCGAUGAUGGAGGGUCUGGACCAGUCGCAGGCCAGUUUCCAAGUUUGGGACGACUCGAGCUCCGUGCGAUCCGCCACAUUGCCCAGGCGGCAUCGACGCCAAGCCAGCGGCGAUUCGUCCAGUUUACUGGCGAACUCGACCCCCAGAAGCUCCAGACGACAUCGAUCACCGUGCUCCACCCUGCCCCGAUCGAAAUGCUCCAGUUUAAGCAGAUGCACGUCCAGAGCCUCUGUUCUACCGUCAACGGGCAAUCAGGAAUCGUAUCAGCCCCGUAAUCAAACGCAAAACGGCAAGAACUCGGCGAACUCGUCGCCGAGCAGAAGCGGCGGCAGUUCCGGUUCCGUUCGUACGGCGAACGCGAGUCCCGCGAAAACAGCGACCCUCGGCCGAUCGAACGCUAGACAAUCGAACUCACGGCGACCGAGCCACGAUUCGACCGGCAGCGGUACUAAGUCGAAUGGAUCGCCCCAACACAAGAUACUGCAAAAGACAUCGUCCGGCCACUCGUCCCACUCCAGCGGGAAAUCGAUCUCCAGUGGAAAACUAUCAUCAUCCCCGUUGAAAACGUCCACGCUACCAGUGAAGUCAUCCCCGUUGAAGGUGGUCCAACAGGGUUCCCUGACACCUCUACAAGAAGCACAAAAUUCCAUCACGCUGCAAGUGUCCACGAACCUAACCCCAGUCAGUCCGACGCAGGAGCAACGCGCGAUCCAAAACAGCGUGACACUGGCGUCGAAUGCUACCAGCACCACCACGAUAUCCGGUUCACCUGGUACGAAGAUCUACGUGCAACAGAACAACUCACCGAUGAGAUCGGUGAUCACGUUCGAGAACGGCACGGUAAAAACAAAACUGGCCGAGAAAGAAGAUUGUCGAGAGAAACAGGACCGUGAAUUGCUAGGCGAGAAGAUCUACAAGACCCAUCGGAUAGACGACGAGAAACUGUACAAAACGUCGAAGCUCGACGACGAGAAGCUGAACAAACCGGUGAAAAUCGAGCGUCCGUCCUCGUUGUACGGGUCCAAAGAAACGAAACCGAGCCACAUCCUCCAAUCGGAGUCGGACAAAGAGAAUAAACCGAAGGUCGACGAGGAGACGACGAAACUGAAGCUCACCAAUCGUCUGAACAACAGUCAGGCCCAUCUGAUCGACGGUUCGACAAACAACAUCGACAAGAAUUCAUUGGUGAACGAUCAUCCGGGCCAAACCAACACGAAGAACACCAACGACGCGAUGAACAAUUCCCGGAAAUUGAGCCUGUCGUUGUCGAAGGACGCGUUGAGCUAUCGUAAUUUGCUUCGUCCCGGUUCGAAGAACAAUAUCGCCUCGAAUCCACCGUCACCGACGAAAUCGUACGACGGUUUCGGCGGUUCGUUCAACAACGUUUACAUAGAAAAUCUCGAGACAAUGAAGCAAAGGGCGCCCCAGGGCUCCGAGCCGAAUCUCGAGAAAACGGUCAGUCGAGGGGAUCUGUACACGUAUCCGAGUCUGAGCGACAUGCAGGUACAGUUCACCAGUCUGGCCGCCCAGAAGAUACUGAAGGGUUGCCCGAUCAACAGCGUGGACACGUUGGUCGAGGUGAACACCGCCGCGGCCGAGAAACCGAACAAUUGCGACGUCACCGUACACACCGAUUUCGGACUCGUUUAA